AUGUCCCUCGCAUGGCCGCCCCAAAACAGCCAGAAACCUCCAGAUGACGAUUCCCUCCUCCAUGCCAUCCAUCGCGAUACUCUCAACGGGCUUUUAAGAGCCCCAUCACGUCCUCACACUCCCAGUUCCUUCAACAGACUGCGCAGUCUCGGGAGUGGUUCGCAGACGGGCCAAGCCCCGGAUCCUGAGCCAAACCUCGACGAAGAUCCCCAGAUAAUUCGCUUCCGCGCUUUAUAUCAGGAAACCGAGUCCAAGUUCGCGAAUCUCUUCGACUCCACCGGUCAAGUCGUCAUUCCGGUGCGAUCCCGCACUGUACGUGCGCAUCCCUCCUCCUCACAACCCGAGGUCGCUGUCGACUCGAGUUCUGUCGUUCCUCCCGUUUCCAAGAAACGGAAACUUGACGAUGACUAUGACGACUACGACGACGACGAUGAUGAAGACGAGGAUACCUCCAGAGCGUCACCUUUGAAAGACAAACCAAAUAAAGUUCAAAUCAUCGCCGAUGCCACCUCCUCGCCGGUCCCCCGACCCGUGGGCUUUGAGCCUUCCAAGAUUCCAACUAAACCUCAUUCCACUCAAAAAGAGUCUGCGGAAGAUGUGCGCAAGAAAUUGGAAGAGGCGAAGCGCAAAGAAACUGCAACUGUUCAGUCGUUAUCUCGGACCAUGUUCUUCACCUUGGAAAAUGAUCGGGAUGCCAUGUUAGACCAGCAAAGACUCGACGAAGCAGAGCGACGCGCCGAGGCCGAGGCUGAGGGCCAUGCCAAUCGACAGAAUGCCUCCAUGCAACAAGGCAGCCUUAGCAAAGCCAAUCUCGGCGCGUCGAGUUUGACCUUGAAAAAUCUCAUUGCGCUUCUCGACGAACAUCGCUCCAUGGUCCAUGCUACCGAAUCAGAGCUCCGCGCAUUGAUGAGUGAAGUGCGCAAGAACCGAAGCAAGUGGGCAAGCGAAGACAAAGUCGGCCAGGAAGAAUUGUACGAGUCCGCCGAGAAAGUCCUGACGGAGCUGAAGGCGCAUACCGAACACUCGACCCCUUUCCUAAAUCCCGUGAAAAAGAAGGAUGCCCCAGACUAUUACAUCAUCAUCAAACAACCCAUGGAUCUCGGCACCAUGACUAAGAAGUUAAAACAGUUUGCCUACAAGUCCAAAAAGGAAUUUGUAGAUGAUCUCACUCAGAUCUGGAAAAAUUGUCUCAAGUUCAACAGCAGCUCCGAUCACCCCUUCCGAAAACAUGCUCUCUUCAUGCAAAAGGAGACUGACAAGCUCGUCCCUCUUAUUCCGGACAUCACCAUCAAAGAUCGCGCGGAGGUUGAGGCGGAAGAGCGACGACAACAGAUUGCAAAUGGUGAAAUCGAUGAUAAUGCCGAAGAGAGUGAUGAUGAGCCGAUAAUGAGUUCUCGAGGUCGUAAGGCGCCCAAGAAAAGCGCAAAGAAAGGCGGCCAGACAUCGCGAAAGGCUCCACCGGAGACGACACCUGUUCCGGAAACCAAACCCGUUCUCCAAUCCAUCAGUUCUGUUCAAAAUGGCAUUCGCGCUGAUUCGGAAGUUGAAGGUAGCCAAGGUCAUGGUACUCCGCCGCCAGGAGGCAUAUUGACGCCUGUUGGUGCCCAUGGUCCAGGCAGCGUCAUUGGCGCAGGCAGCGAAGCCCUUGAUAUGGACCUGCCUGGACUACCAUCCCAACCGGUCAUCCCCGAAUACGAGGAUGAGGAAUACAAACUCUGGAAACAAAAGACAAAGCGAGACCGAGCUAUGCUCGCUGCCGCCAGGCACAAGCUAUUCCGUGGAGACAAGCUGAAUCCGGAUGAAGAUGCAUUGCUACGCACUAAAGCAGGCAUGCGCCGUUGGCAAAGAAUCCAGGAUGAGAUUGCCGGCAAAGAAAUUUCCGACUCCAAUGGAGAAUCCUCUAACCGAGAUAAGCUUCAAGGUCAGACUCUUGCCGAGGGAAUGGAAGUGGAAGAAGAAAGCCUACUUCCAGACUAUUAUGAUACCAUCGCCGCAGUCCCUGAUCUUGAAUGCAAACUCAGAUGGGAACAAGAUACUGAAGGCCAUGUCAUAGAUCACGCCGAGGAAUACUUACGCCUGUACCCGCCGAAUCAGUUCAUUGCGCCAAAGAGCAAGUUCAGCUCAAAGAUCGAAUCAAACAUGAGACAAAUGCAAGAGACUCGGAAAAUCGUCUCCAAAAUUGGUGUCGUCAAGCAAAUGCAAUUGCAAUCACAGACCUAUCAGAACCAAUUCCAAAAGUUUCAACCUGAGCCAUUUCUUGAGCAAGACAUUCCAAAUCACGUCAUCUCAGACAAUGGCCCAUUGAUGGCGCCGUGGGUCUGCAAAGCAGCUUUCCAGCGUUCGAUAGGGCAAGUUUUCUUCCAUGCCGGCUUUGAAGAGUUCCAACCCUCUGCUUUAGAGGCUAUCACAGAUUUAGCAGGAGACUUUUUUAAACGCCUAUGCACAACACUGGUUAAUUAUAGAGAGGAUUACAAAAUCCCUGUUCAAGUUGCUGUUCCCGCCAGUCAGGGCCAACCGGCAGGGAUUGAGACCAAGUAUCAAAAUCCGAAUACCACCGAAGAAGCCCUUGUGCACACUUUACAUUCUAGUGGUGUAACUAUCAAUGACUUGGAUAUCUAUGUCAAAGAAGAUGUCGAUCGUGUUGGCGGACGACUUACCACCAUGCAUGACAGGAUGAAAGCACAUCUUGCCGAUCUCCUUCGACCUGCCUUGACAGAUGACACAGCCCACGGUCAAGGUUCAUUCGCGGACGGUGGUGAACAAUUUGUCGGUGGAGACUUUGCUGGAGAUCUGGAUGAAGAUUUCUUCGGUUUCCGUGAGCUUGGUCUUGAUCGAGAAUUUGGCAUGGCCAGUCUCACUGUACCUUUCCAUAUCCUUCAGAAUCGUCUGGGUAUGAAUAAUCAGCAAACUAACACCGUAGAUCUCGCCGAGAAGAUGUUUAAGGAACCAGCUCGAUGGCCAAAGGUUAAUGUCGAAAACAUUGAAGAUCAAGUUGGUCUGGUCAAGAACUGGUUCUUAAAACGAAUCCAUGACAACGGAGAUCGACCUCUGACGGAAGACUUGGAUCUGCCACCUAAACAAAGGCCAGGCUAUGGAAGAGCAAGAAUUCCUGCUAGCGGCAAAAUUGGUGAUGGCACUCUCAAGAACAAUGCCAGUCCUGUCAAGAAGUCAGGCGCAGCCAAGAAUCCUCCAGCUGCAAAAGCCAGUGUGGGAACCACACCGGGCGAGAAAGGAAAGAGAAAGUCUAUUGUCGCAAAUGGUGUCACCGAAGAGUCUCCUAUGGUCAACGGCGUUGCGGAUGCUGACACUCCGGGUCCAGGUGGUGAUGGUAGUCCGGAGAAAAAGAAAGCGCCUGGCAAAGCUAAAGUGACACUGAUUGAGAAGAUCGCCGACAAAGACGCGAACUCAUUGAUGACGAAUGGCGUGGAUGGAUCCACCACAAUCAACGGCGCUACCAAAGUCAACGGCAUAAUGGAAGACGGCGACGCAAGUAUGAUGAGUCCUGAAAGUUUGUGA